ACUGCAGUUCGGAGGAACCGAAGACGCCGUGCUUGGCACCGGAAGUACAACAUUAUCACCCGGGCCCAAAAUGUCUUCAUUUGUUUGUAUUUUGCAGUGAAGUUUGGAUUUUUACCUUUUUAAUUUUAUCCAAAAACAGUCGAAGGCCCUCAAUUAUAAAAUCGUAAAACGGGUAGAUUCUUGUGAAACGACCUACAAAACAACAAAAGUACCCCUUGUAACUUUUGACAACUGUUGAAAUCAUAUUUCGACCAACACCAGCUGGCCCCUCCACUGCCUGUCACCAUGCCUGCCCUGCUGGAGAGACCCAAGCUGUCCAACGCGAUGGCCAGAGCCCUCCACAAACACAUCAUGAGAGAGAGGGAGCGCAAGAGACAAGAGGAGGAAGAGGUGGACAAAAUGAUGGAGCAGAAGAUGAAGGAGGAGGAAGAGAGGAAGAGGACAAAAGAAAUAGAAGAGAGGAUGUCCUUGGAGGAGACCAAAGAACAGGUACUGAAAAUGGGUGAGAAACUUCAAGGACUCCAAGAAGAGAAACACCAACUCUUCUUACAGCUCAAGAAAGUUCUCCAUGAAGAGGAAAAGAGACGCAGAAAGGAGCAGAGUGAUAUAACAACACUGACAUCAGCCAGUUACCAACCAAGUCUGCCCAUGCAUGCAGGGCAACACCUCCUCAGCAUUCAAGGCAGUCCAGUAAGCCACAGGGGACCUGGUGCAUUGCUUGGAGAACGUAGCAAACAGCUGUUCCCAGCUUCUGUGAUUCCAGCACGCCACUAUCAGACGCCUGGUUUCAGUUCAGGCUCAGCAGAGCACGGGCAGUUCAGCGGGGGCCAGGGGGUCCAUGAGACCUACAGCGUAGCUCAGGCCCAGCAUCCCUCCACCUAUGCCCCUGGACCAUCUGUACCUGUCAGUUUUGCAAGCAGCUCUCAGAUCAGAGGUGCAUCUGCAUUUCAGGCUAUGCAGUAUCUUCCCCACCAGCAGCCGGGCUACCCUGUCCACAGUCACUUCACCUCUCAGCCUGGAUACAUCCCUGGAGCAGGAAUCCCCCUUCAGAAGCAGCUGGAACAUGCCAAUCAACAGUCAGGCUUUACUGAUGCAGGUGCUUUGAGGCCUAUGCACCCCCCAGCCAUGCAUCCUUCUGCUCCAGGCCUGUUGCCCACACCAUCAUUGGCAGUUCAGAUCCCCACUGCAAAGGCCUCAUUCCAGAGCUCUCCGCAGGGGGCCUCUCGUCAUGGCUUCCUCCCCCACAGCCAGAGCGGGCAGAGGUUCUACCACCAUGGCAAGUAACUCAGCUACGUUCACCUUCAGCAUUGCUGAGAUUUCAGUUUCCCUGAAGUGAGUGAUGGACUGGACCUCUUCCAAGAGUCAGGCUGAAUGAUGCCAUAUUUGUUUUUAUUUUGUGUAUAGUAUCUUGUUUUUAAUCUGUGUAUUGACAUUAUUAAUCAGCGAUCAGCUGUUUCAUUUAAUAUUAAUUUGUAAAAUAGCUUAUUAUUUUUCCUACACUGUAAAGCCAUUCUGCAGGUGCUUGUGUGCACUAAAGUGUUAUCUUAACCCACACCACAUGAGCCUGAGCUUUUUUUGUUGUUGUUGUAUACCAACAUCAUCAUCAGCGGAGUGCUGAGUGUCUGCAGACUUGGCUCACUAACAAUUAGCCAAAACCAGGUUAGAGGAAAAUGUUCAGCAGAACUUGGUGGUUGAAUUUAAAGCAUGUGGAUUAAAUCAAAAUGUUUCCACUGAGGUCACACGCAGACUGAAUACUACUAAAGCAGAAACACAUUGGUCUAACAGAGACCUUUUAAACGUGCUGCUGAAUUCUGGUUGAUCAAUUUAGACCUGUUAGUUUGGCACCACAGAUUAGAUCAAGAUGACCACGUUCUUGGAAAAGUUACUUUUUUCAUUGUCCUCUGCAGCAUAAAUUAAGUUUAAAUCUGUUCUGUUUCAAAGCUUUUAUGUUGCCACAUAAAACAGUAAACACAAGCCACACCCAACAGUUUGUAUCAUCUUUAUUUUUUGGCCACCGAGACAUUCUGCUCAGUUUGGACUUGCUGUAUGAACACAAAGUAAGGAUACCAAACUGCCACAAAUUGUCUGCCUCCUGAAUCUCACUUCAAGUUUGAGAGUACACCAAAUAAUACUCCAGUCAUUUCUCCAAAGAGCUCUGUGUGAUGGACCCAUCUGAAGGUUUCCACAAAAAGACUUCAAGUGAAUCAACGUAUGCUGAGGUUUGGUUCAUGGACUCUAAACACGAGAAUGUGUGUGUUCUUAAGCAGGGGUUUGUUUCUCUUUGACAAUUUUUAUGCCUUAAGACAAAAAGAAACAACCUCGGUAUGUCAUUUUGCUAAUCUUUGUUUGCUAGACAAGCUUAAACAACAGAAGGGAGGGCUGUUCAUCGUGCCACACAGAAAAGACAAAACCUAGUACUGAGUCCUGUAUGGCACACAGGCUGAACGCACCUCAUCAGGACAUUGCUAAUCCAAAGGUAAAGCCCUUAAUAAAACGGGAACAUACAAAACAAAAACCAAAAAAAAAAAAAAAAA